AAGGGAAGCGGAAGACUGAGCCAAACGUUGAACAACAAAGUGAAGUUUGUGAAGUACACAGUGACAGUUACCUGAAAUAAAUGCCUCGACAACCAGCCAUACGGGGAUGAAGGAAACGUCUUAGAAAUGUAACACCUACGAGGCAUCAAUCGAGUCGAAAAGUGUCAGUUGUGGUAAAGCGCGUAGCUAGCGGUUAACCUCACGUUAGCGAGGUUUGACAACAAGACGCUGCUGCGCUUCACAACCCGACGACGGGAAAGUAGUUACCGAGCGGUUUGUGAUGAUUGUUAAAGGCGUUUACAAGUUUGUGGCAAAUCAACCCGUACUGUCUCAUUUCAGUGAACACAUCUGGAUUUGUGCCCAGUCCUCUCUGUUUCCUGUCCUCUGUGUGAAAUGACCUGACUGACUUCACUGGUUCCAGCAUCAGAUCACAAUGGCCAGAAUAGCCUGGUACCAAGAGAAGAUCGGAGCCUAUGAUCAGCAAGUCUGGGAGAAAUCUCUGGAGCAGACGGAUUUAAAUGGUUUGGACAGCCAGCCGAGAAAGACUGGUCACAUCAGAUCAGACCUCAUUGAUGUCGACUUAGUAAGAGGAUCAACAUUCGGCAAAGCCAAGCCAGACAGACCCUGGACAGCUCUGACCCGGAAGGGUCUGGUCAGAGUGCUGCUGUUCCCGUUCUUCUUCCAGUGGUGGAUCCAGGUGACCUCCAGGUCCAUCUCCUCAUGGAUCCUCGUGCUGUAUUUCAUGCAAGUGGCAGCAGUGGUGCUGUACUUGGAGGUCCCUGGGGCGAGUGCCAGCGAGGUGUUUGGGCCCAUGUGUCUGAUGCUGCUGCUGGGCACCGUGCACUGCCAGAUUGUGUCGACUGAGUCCAGCCGGUGGCCCUCGGGCAGUCCAGCUGCCAGCUGCACCACCAGCCCUGCUCGCAGACGGAGGCCGAGGAAGGGCAGAGUGCUGAAAAAAUCAGAAGAAAAGAAUGACGGGGGGGACGCAGGGGAGCAGGGGCCGUGGCAGUUUGAGGAAAGCCAGCGGGUGUGCAGGAACGAAGAGAGGAGGACCACAAGAAAGUCAGGAUUUGGGGCAUCCGACGAGCUCUCCAGUGAGGAAGAGGAGGGGGUUCAACCAGUGGAAGUAAUUCUUCCAAAACCUCAUCAAGAGAGGCUCCCUGCUUCAACUUCCCCACCAAUGUCUUCUGUUAGGAAGAGAAGUCUAAAGUCUAACUCCAAAUCUCCAUUAAGACCUGAGGAAGGGGCCUCCGUCAAGGGGACGCCCAGAGAGUUGGAGCGCCUCAGGCCGAGCGGGUGCUCGCUUCCCGCCUCCUCGCGUCCCGCCUCCGACACCGAUGACACACUGUGGGAGGAGCUUCUCCAAGGGCCCGACUCCGCCUCCACGGGGAGCAGUGACAGCGAGUCGACCGGGAGGUUCAACGCUGGCGUGGCGCUCGCUCAAACCACCACUCUGAGCAGUGAUGAUGAGAGCCUGCAGCAGGGAAUCGCCGGAAACCAGCUGUCUUGGCUGCAGGCAUGUCACCCAUCCAAGGACCGGGUCAGUGCCAUAUUUUGGGAGCAGGGCGAGUGUAGGAAAGCAGACAUGUCAGUGUUGGAGAUCAGUGGGAUCAUCCUCACGCGGGUGAAGUUGGUGGAGCAGGGUAUGGGUUACCUUGUGCUCGGUGGGCUGAUGACCGCCACCCUGGCGCUGCUUCCCUUCGCCUUCCACUUGGCCCAGCGUCUGGACACGUCGCUCCUCGGCUCCAUGUCCCUCAAACAGCUGGGCGAAAUGGCGGUGGGGCGGUGUGAUACCCAGGUCUACGUCUUUUUCUUCAUCACGAUGGUGCUGAGAGUCUGCCUCAUAGGACUGUUCUUCUUCAUGAUGUGUGUGGCUGAGAGAACGUACAAACAGAGACUCUUGUUUGCAAAGUACUUCAGCCACAUCACUUCAGCUCGCAAGGCCAAGAAAUCAGAGAUCCCUCAUUUCCGGCUGAAGAAGGUCCAGAACAUAAAGAUGUGGUUGUCACUGCGCUCUUUUCUCAGGAGGCGAGGGCCGCAGCGCUCCGUCGACGUCAUCGUCUCCACGAUCUUCCUUUUGGCGCUCUCUAUUUCAUUCAUCAUUUGUGCCCAGCUGCUGCACAACCACCAGACAUUCCUGGAUUCUCUGACCAACUGGGAGCUGAUGGUGUGGGCCUCCUCCCUCAUCCUCUUUCUCUUACGGCUGGCCACGCUGGGCUCAGAGACCAACUGCAAAUACAGCAACUCCUCAGUGCUGCUCACCGAGCAGAUCAAUUUGUAUCUCAAGAUGGAGAAAAAGCCCAAUAAGAAAGAAGAACUCAAUAUCGUGAACAACGUUUUGAAACUGGCUACAAAACUGAUGAAAGAGCUGGAUAUUCCAUUCAGACUGCUGGGUCUGACUGUAAACCCUCUCAUCUACAACAUCACCAGAGUGGUCAUCCUGUCCGCCGUGUCUGCUGUGGUCAGCGACCUGCUCGGCUUCAACAUCAGACUGUGGAAAAUCAAACCUUAAUGUGAAAACGGUCGGACACUGGAGACCAGAAACUCCCCACGUCUGCUGCAUACAGCGUCUCAUCUACAAAAAGACAAAAAAGUGCAAACCUACUGACUCUGUAAUGAUUGUCUGUGCCUUCCAGCUGAGACUUCUGUCUCUUGAGUUUCAUGAGUCUUUCACAAUCCUGAGAUGCUCUGACAAUCGCUCGCACACCGUUACUGGCUCAGCCAGUGUCCAUCCACCACGCCGCUAACCCAGUGCCUGACCGUUGACCCUUGACCCUUGAAUGUUCCUCAGUAUGUGGCUAAAUAUGGUGGUGAGUUUGAGGUCAUUUCAGGCUUCUGUGGCGUCCACAUUCCAAAAUGUGUACAGAUGUGUGGACACAACAUCAAAAGUAAAUGCAGAUGUAGAUAUUAUUGUCUUACUCACUGAUGUUUCUCAUCAAUCUAACUGUAAAUCAAGAUGGGCUGCCAGCUUAAUUAAGUGAAUUUUCGUAGGACUCAUCUUUAAUUUCAACCUUUUGUACUAUUUAAAGAGGAAACCUUGUGAUUGUAAGUGGGCUUUAUUUAUUCUGGGUUCUAUUGUAGCACUUGUAAUGGUACUUGUAAAUCCUAACUCUCUGACCACUAUCUAUUGAGGACCAUUGUUGAAUGAAAUGACUAUGCAAUGUUUGUAUAGUUAUGCUCAAAUUAAAUAUUUGAUAGAGGUGAAUAAAUGUUUUUCAACCACG